GAUUUUAAUUAUUCCACCAAUAAAGUUAACUAUACAAAAAUUUUAGUAAUAUGGGAGUACCUAAGUUUUUUCGCUAUAUAAGCGAACGUUAUCCCUGCUUAAGCGAGCUGAUACGAGAAAAUCAGGUUCCAGAGUUCGACAACCUCUAUCUGGAUAUGAACGGCAUCAUACAUAACUGUUCCCAUCCGAACGAUUCGGAUGUGUUCUUUCGCAUCACGGAAGAGAAGAUCUUCAGCGACAUCUUUCACUAUUUAGAGUUUCUAUUCCGGAUGAUACGUCCGCAAAAACUCUUUUUUAUCGCCGUCGACGGAGUGGCACCACGAGCUAAAAUGAACCAACAACGGGGAAGACGAUUCCGUUCGGCCCACGAAGCCAAGGAGCAGGCUGAACAAGCAGAACAGAAGGGGCACGUAUUGCCUACUGAGGCUCGUUUCGAUAGUAACUGCAUCACUCCCGGUACUAGUUUUAUGGCUCGAUUGCAAAAAGCUAUGGAACAUUUCAUUAAGGUCAAGAUAAGCACCAAUCCGUUGUGGAAGCAUUGCAAAGUGAUUCUGAGCGGACAUGAAACACCAGGCGAAGGGGAACACAAAAUUAUGGAGUACAUAAGACACGCGAAGGCUUCUCCUGGAUUCGAUCCUAAUACACGUCACUGCCUGUAUGGACUAGAUGCGGAUCUGGUUAUGCUUGGUCUGUGUACACAUGAGAAACAUUUCUCGUUACUUCGGGAAGAAGUAAAGUUUGGCAAAACCGAGAAUAAAACGUCUAUGGUGGAGGAAACUAAGUUUUAUUUACUUCACUUGACGCUGAUGAUGGAGUAUUUGGAACUUGAGUUUGCUCCUAUUCGAGACAAAUUGAGUUUUAAUUUUGAUAUGAACAAGUUAAUUGACGAUUGGGUGCUGAUGGGAUACAUGGUAGGGAAUGAUUUUAUCCCUCACCUACCUCAUUUGCACAUAAAUGAGAACGCGCUGCCAACGCUGUUUCAAGCAUACAUGGAUGUAUUGCCGACACUCGAUGGAUACAUUAACGAAGGAGGUAUCCUAAAUUUGCCAAGGCUGGAAGUGUUCAUGGAACGAUUAACCAAGUUCGAUAGGGACAUCUUUCUCGAACAUUAUACAGAUUUGCAGUACUUCAAAUUGAAAAGGGGACCAGAUGAUACGGAAGCAUUUGAUGUUACAAUAGAGGAAAUCAAAGCUGAAAUAAGCGACGAUUAUGAUUUGUCUGCAUUGACUCGAGCGACAGAAGAUAUGUUUUUAGAUGAUGAUGAUGACCGGUCGACACCCGGUGAUAUUGAAAAUGAUCCAGAAUUCUUUGAAAAAGAAUUUGCUGCCUAUAAGAGAAACUACUAUAUUACCAAAAUGGGUUAUCACGAAUUUAACGAGGAAGUCCGGGCUGAGCAAGCGGAAUGUUACAUCCGAGCAUUACAGUGGACGCUACUGUACUACUAUAGAGGUGUACCUUCAUGGGCUUGGUUUUACCCGCAUCAUUAUGCACCAUUUAUUAGCGAUGUGCAUGAUUUCAAACAUUUUUCCAUCGAAUUCGAACUAGGGAAACCCUUCCUUCCCUUCCAACAGCUUCUUAGUGUGCUUCCAGCGGCGAGCAGGGACCAUCUACCCUCUGCUUAUCACAAACUUAUGAUGGAUCCGAACAGCCCGGUGUCCGAUUUCUACCCAGAACGUUUUGACACUGACCUUAACGGUAAGCAACAGGCUUGGGAAGCCGUAGUGCUUAUCCCGUUUAUUGACGAAAAACGGCUUCUCCGAGCUAUGGAACCUUGUGAUGCUUUUUUGACGGAUGAAGAAAAAGAAAGAAACGUUCAUGGUCCAAUGCUAUUCUUUCAGUACUACGCAAACGGACCACUGCCAGCACUACCGGCAAACUACGGAUUUGACAGUAUUGAACAACUGAAAGUAAAAGAAAUUCAUAUUUAUCGAGAAGAACUCCGUGUUCCGGCUGACAAGCUGGUGUUAGGACCAUCCAAGGGAGCUAUCUUGGAUGGCUACGUCAAGGGGUUUCCAACAUUCAGGCACUUGCAGUACCAUGGACUCCUCAAGGAACUACGCAUAAAAGUUUUCAACUACCCUAGUCGAAAUCCCAGCAUGGUAGUCGUGCUAGAUCAUCCACAGGAAAAGGUGAGGCCAACAGAGCAAAUCGCCGAAGAUCUACUCGGCCGAGUAGUCUACGUCAGCUGGCCUCAUUUAACUGAAGCCAAAGUGGUCAAAGUUAGUGAUGCAACCAACGUGUACGAAAAAGAUCAAGGGCGACGUGAAAAUAAUAGCAAAUUUUUCGACAGUUGCGUUAGAUCUAUAGUAGAACAUCACAAUAAUCGUCUGGGCAUUGACCUGGGAAAGAUACAUCAACUAAUUCACGUUAGAGCAUGUGUCGGAAGCGAAUACGUACUAAGAGAUGAACGAUACGUGCUGAAUAAAUUAUGGAGUAAUGCGGAAAGCAUGUAUCCCGCCCAAGCCAUAGUAACUGAUUUACGCGAAGUAUUCAAAACGCUAAGGCCUUAUCAGGAACUGAACGAAAUGUUUCCGGAGGAUUGCGUAGUGUUUCUUCGAGGCACACAGUUCUACGGAAGCAUGGGUCGCAUAGUUAACGUGACGGCAGGUCACAAACGUAUUAAGGCACGAUUCGAAGUAUACAACGAACCAGAUUUGGGCCCAGUUGUAGACGUCAACGAGCGUGCAAAAAAUCAUUACAUGGGUACUCAGGAUGCGGCUUCUAUGAUUGGCAUUUCACCCAACCUAUUAAGCAGAUUAUCUUCAACGAUCCUAAUAGUUCCUGGUGGCAGACGGUCGGUAAACACCGAUGAACGAGGCAAAAUGAACAUCGGGUUGCAGCUUCGAAUGCACACGCAGAACGAAGAGACGGUUGGAUAUACGAAAAAAGCAAACAAAACGUGGAUGUUUUCGGAAAAGGCUAUAAAGCUGAUAAAGGACUAUUACGAAAAGGUACCGCAUCUAUUUGGACGUCUGGAGCAUUUUGGUAAAUGUGAUAACCUGUUCGAGGAAGAGAUGUUUGGCAAGAAUAAAGACGAUGAAAUUAGUCUGAAGGAACUGGUGGCUUGGAUUAGCAGCCAAGACCAUGUCAAGGCAGAAAAGCGAUCCUGUGGAACCAAGACGCUUGAGCCAGCAGCCCUUGAAGAGCUACUGAAAGUUUUAGACGACUAUAAAAAUGAACAUCCAUUAAUGCAAACUAUGUUUGUUCAUGCAAAGCACCUUUUCAAGCCUGGCAUGAAGCAAGCUAAAAACAUAGACCAUCAAGCAAAUUUUGAACUGCUAGAUCGCAUAAUAGUAGCUAAAAAUACUGAGGUUGUACCACUGGGUUAUCAAGGAACAAUUGUGGGAAUUCAUUUCGCUAGAGAUCCGAAUCCCGUACGCCAGGAGAGUGCAUCAAAGGAGGACAUGUACUUCGAUAUUUUGCUUGAUACGGAAUGUCAUAAUGGUGUCAAAAUCUUUGGUCUUGAAAAAACGGCUAAACGAGUUGUUCGGCUGGCAGAGGGGGCUGUGCUCAACAUAACGUUCGGUAGAGCAGAGAAAGAGUACAAACUAGCCGACCCAUUUCAACCGAUCAUGCUUCCGGCAGAAGAGUUUCUUUUCGAAGGGAAAAAACAAAGCAAAACGCAGCAAAACUAUGAGGCUGUGCGAAUCGCUCCAUUGAAGCCGCCGCCCACAGCCGAAUCUAUAAAGCAACGACUCAGUGAACGCAUUGAGAAAAAGAACCCUAUGAAAGCUUUUGUGAUGGCGAAUCAAAAACCUCGUGAAGAUAACGAACCCAAUCUUCAGUCGACUUGUGAUUUUGAGCAAACGUGGAAUAAGCUAAGAGAAACUGCUCAGGUUGGAACGACAUCGGAAAAGGGUGACAUAAAAAGUUUUCUUGUUACAGCCUCAAACACGUCACAACUGGAGACGAAAGAACGACAAAUUGCUGGCGCUCAAGCAGGCGUAGAAAUAGCAGACAAUAAUGGUACACAAGUGGAAACCACAUCAGAUCCAACCAAUGUGUUGAAAAUGAUUUUAAAGAUCAGGAACAAUGCAAGCGAGACUGACCAAAACAACUUGACUGUGAUGAAUACUGAUAAUUUAGACACGGAAAAAAACAUUUUGGAUAUCUUGGUUAAGGCGCAAGAGAACAACUCUCCCGCAUUACCUCAUCGGCUUAGUAUUCCUACGCCAAAGAAUUUACCAGAACCGCCCAAAUCUUGGAGAUCUCAAAGUAAGAUGUUGAAUAAUGCGCAGUGUGUAAAAGAAACGCAGCAGCUCAACAAUGCCAACGCCUGCACACAACAUUUACCUCCACAGAAAAGUCAACCAUUUGCACGGCCUACUCAGCCGCUCAAAUAUCAGCCACCAUUCGGUCAGAUGCGACCCCAACACUCUCAUGUAAGAAUGCACCCUCCCCCAAAUGCACACUUUAGAGGGUUUGCGCCAAUGCCACGUUAUCAACGGAAUACGGCGAUGUACCCGCACCCAGGUUUACCACAGCAGCAAAACCUGUCGCAAAGGCCGCAAAUAUACCGAACGCCACCACCACCGCCAGCACCUUUUGGUUACCAACAGCAUGGUCCUAAUGGCCCCCAAAAUUUGAGCUUUAACAGAAGCACUCCGGCCGGAACUGGAGCUUUCGUUCCCUUGCAAGCUAUUAUUAAUGCCAAGAAUCGUAAUGUAGGAACUAGUUCGAAUAAGCAAAGCAACAACUAUCAACCACGCACGAAACAGCAGCAAGCACCACCGGUUUCUGCCGCUACAGUUUUCGCUAAAAAGAACGCCGAACUCAGACAGACCGUAGAACAGAAGCAUGAAGAGGCAACCCAAGGCUUUGCUUCGUUUUUGGCAACUGCACAAGCCCCCGUUGCAAAAUUGCCAUCGCAGGACAACGAAGUGGUACCAGCUACACAAUGCACAUCAGACCUUACGGAGAAGUGCAAAAUGAUUAAUUCAUGUGCACAGCAGCCCAGGCCUCGUCAAAUGCGAAUAGCAGCUAAAUUCUCGCAAGUUGAAUAGAACGAAGCAGCUUAUUAACACUCACACUGUACUUGUACAUCGUUUAAGCACAUUUGAUAAACAAGAAGAGUACUACUUACUUACUUUUACUUUAGUGGCGAUGAUCCGUUAUCGAUCCUGCGCCGAACCAACUCGGUCCUCCAUUCCCCUCGAAUACCAGUUGGAUGUGCAUCGUCCUGGACAGUGCACUCCCACCGGUUGCGACACCUACCCAGUAGUCGAUUACCUCUUCCUGGU